AUGGAUGAGGCACCACUUCCGCGUGUAGCUUGUGGGGUUGUUGCUCGCUCGGGGUGCGCUGUGUGUCGGCUGCGGGGAUGUGGCCGCAUGCUCACGCGCCGUGUGGAUCGUGAGCGCCUCUUGACGGCAUCCACCCAUUUCUCUCACUCUCUGUCUGUCUUUCUUUCCCUGUUGGGUGUGAGGCGUGUUGCUGCUCGUUUCUGUGGGCGAUGGUUUUCCCUGCUGUUUCUUCCGGAUUGUCUCGUGCUCCGCUCUCCGCGUGGGUGCUCUCCUCUGCUCCCAACUGACGUGUCUGAUGUGUUGUCGCUGUUUCUGUGCUCCUCUCCGCCUCUUGAACACACGCACGCUAGGAAGGAAGCAAAAAAGCGCUACUCACCACUGUGA